CGAAUUAGAAUUGGACGGGAUUGCUCACGUCUGCCGUGCACGCCAUUCAACAAGAGGCGCUUCGCUCCUGGAAAGACGAGAGAUUUGAGUUUAUCGGCGCUGUUUGUCUUCGCGACAUGGUGAAGGGAUGCACACACAUUGUUUUCUAAACCGCUACAAAGUCAAGCCUGCGGGCUGAUCUCAUCUAAAUGCGUAUAGUCUCGCGGCUAAAGAAUAGCAAUAGGUGUUUUUACCUCAGAAAAUGAACAUACUGAGAGAGAGGGUGACUGAGGCUGUGUUAUUCAAUUAAUAUUCGGGCUGUCGAAAAGUCCAUGAUCAUAUGAUAUCAGCGGUGCUUGAGGCUUGGCUCCGGCUAAAGUUGUAAAGUAUGUUGUAAUAAUCAUGUGUGUGUGAGAUCAGUGAAACGGCUCCCAGGAGGGUCUCCAUCGUGAUGCCCUCCCCCGUUCUGCUGCGCCCCUUGCCAAGGCUGCUGCGGCCCCUCCGCUCGAGCUCCGGCUGCAGCGCGAGCGCGGCUCAGCGCCUCUCACAUUCAGUUCGAGAACAUUCUAGGUCCCUGUUGCAAAAGUACCGGAGUCAAGAGCAGUAUUUCAAGAGGAAACUAAAAGCAGCCUACGGGAGAUUUCCGGAGGUCUCGGAUCACGCCGUGGUUCAAGGUCGACACCAUGUGUACUUUGAAGAAGGAGGUAACAUCUACAGAAAGGCCCGCGGACAGAGUGACCAGGAACUGGAAGAAGUGUUGAUCCAAAGCGAGGAUGUUGUCAGGGGGGCCCUGCAGCGGGUUCGCCUCUCCCCAGGGGAACGCAUGCUAGCUGCCACCUUGAAGGACCCUAAAAGUAACAUGGUCAGGGGCCUCCUGGUGAGGCUUGGAGACCCCCCUGCCUCCCCAAGAGUGCUGCUUGAGCUCAGUGACAUGUUCAGUUUUGAAUGGGCCUCUGACGACAUCCUGCUCUUCACUACCAUGAAGGAGCUCCGGUGUCAGACCGUCCACCGCCUGGAUUUGAGGGAAAUGCCGCUAAAAAGUGUCCCAGUGUACAAAGAGCAGGACCCUGAGUUCUUUGUGGAGGUCAGCCGUACCCGGGAUGGGACGCUUCUCACACUGAACUGCAGCAGUAGAAGCAGUUCAGAGGUACGUCUGGUUGAGAGUCACAUGCCCCUGAGAUGUCCUCGUGUGGUCCAGCCCCGCCUCCCUGGCCUGGUCUAUCACGUGGAGCACUCCCACAGGCAUCUGUACAUCCUUGCCAACACCGCACCAGGGCAGGAGUAUCAAUUGCUGAGAACCCACCUCUCCUCACCAUUCAUGAGGAGCUGGGUGCCUGUGUUUACCCCUGCUCAGGGGACAGGCCUGAAAGACAUGGAGCUGUGCAGAGACCACUGUAUCCUGGCGGUCCGUACUCCCAGUGGGACUCUAAGUCUACAGGUGGUGCCACUGGCCAACCCCACCAAGGCCUUUGCCCUGCAGUUGCCUCCAUGGGCCUGUGAGUUUGAGGCCAGACCCAGUCUGGGACUGGACAGUGAUAUAUUUCAGUUCCACCUGUCCUCUCCGGUCUGCCCCCCUUCGCACUGCUGCUACUCUCUGAAGGAGCAGCAGCUCUUCAUACAGGAGGAUAGCACUGGAGUUCCUCUCAAAGAACAUUACACGACUCGGUUGGAAGCAGUGAGCCAGCAGGAUGGCACACUGGUCCCCAUGACAGUACUACACACAGCUUCCUGGGGAAAUCUGCAGGAGGCACCACUCCUGCUGCAUGUUUACGGGGCAUAUGGCUUGGAUCUCAGCAUGGGGUUCAGCCCUGAGAAGCAAGUGUUGCUUGAAGAAGGAUGGGUCCUGGCCUACUGCCACGUUAGGGGUGGAGGGGAGCGGGGGCUGGGCUGGCACCAAGCAGGCCGCCUCCAGCAAAAGCAUAAGGGAGUGGAGGACCUGGUGGCCUGUGUCCAGCAUCUGUUCAAGUUGGGCGUGUCAUGCCCCACGUUGGCUGCCCUGACUGCCCACAGCGCCGGAGCCAUCCUCGCAGGAGCGCUGUGCAACCAGCAUCCUCAUUUGCUCCGUGCCGUCACCCUACAGGCUCCUUUUGUGGAUGUCUUGGGCACUAUGCAGGAUCCCACCCUCCCCCUAACCAUUGAGGACAGGGGGGAAUGGGGGGACCCGCUCGCUGAUUCUCAACAAAGAGACAACAUUGCCUCCUACUCCCCCCUUCAAAACAUUAAGCCGCAGCGGUACCCUUCGAUGCUGAUCACAGCCUACGAGGGCGAUCGCAGGAUUCCACUGCCAGGGCUGAUGGAGUACGUCGAGAAACUGACCUCUGCUGUACAAGCACAUGGAGUCGAAUGGCCACCAUCCAUCAUUCUGGACCUUCAGCCAGGAGAAGAUCACUUUGGACCUGAGGAUUUGGACACAUCACUUAACGAGGUUUCCAGGCAACUAGCCUUCCUCUACAGAGAGUUGGGACUUUUCUGUGGGGGUCACAGACAGAGACACAAGUAGUAGUUACAGGUGUGGGGUGACAAUGUCACUGCAAGGUGG